UUUGCUUCCUCUAGGCGGCUAUGGAUUUUCAUACAUGCUUCAGCUCAUAAAGAAGGGUUUGAGGCUUUACAGUCUGCCUGUAUACAACAGUAUAGAUCACUAGUUCUGUUGUUCUUAACCAUCAGAUGAAUGCCAGCACCUGCACAGUUAGUUGCAUCUCCCUUGAUGAUCGGCUUGCAAAAUUAGAAGUGAUAGGAUCUAGGACACUUCAGGUCCUUAAAAAGGCAUUACAUCCUGCUACCUGCAGUGCAGAAAAAUCAUCCCUGCUCAAGAAGUGUUCUGUCACUGGCAGUGACAGUGAAAGUCAAUUCGUGAAAAUAUUUGAGGAAGAUCAGAUUCCUUCUUUUGGAGUUGUUUCCCUUACCGUUGUUGAUCCUCGUACUUUUACCAAGGAAGGUAUUGCUAAUGCUCCAGAUAUAAAUGCUCUAGGAAUGCAACCUUAUAAAGAACAUGAAAUAAAAGGACAUGGUGGUUUGGUAGAAAAUCCUAAAGAGGAAUGCAAUUUACUUUCACGUCAAUGCUUAGAAUUUGAAGAAAGUUGUGAAUCAUCUGAGUGCAUGGAUUUGUGGCAUGUUGACAAAGAAUUAAGUCCUCCUGUAUAGGAAAGUGUUCUUUGCAUGGAGAGACACAAUCAGCGAAUGGAGUUGUUCCGGAUUGGUGAUAGAAUUUCUGGGGCAUCAAAUACUCCAAAUAAUAUGCAGCGUCCAAGAUCAUGUCCACUUCUGCUCAUAAAAAAUUACGGACAUAAAUCUUCUAUCAGAAGGUGGUCUAUCCUUCUCCCGCUAAGUUGGGUCAAGGUCUUUUGGAUUAGUCUCAUCACCAAUGGUGCUCAUGCAAUUGGUCUUAGAGAGAAGCAAUGGAUUGCAUGUGAAGCUGAGUUGCCAUACUUUCCUUCUGACUUUCCUGACUGCAAUUCAUAUUCAUGUUUUAUGAAAAUGGAAGCAGCUGCUGCUGAUGAAAAGGUGGAGAGAAAUCCUCCUUCCAUGAGACCCUUUGGAGUUCCAAUUCUACCUCCAUGGAACAGUGUUCACCUUGCUCUUGACAAAAAAUCAUUUGUGGAAAGAAAUUAUCAAGCGCAAUAUAAAGACUUCAGUGCAAAAGAAAGGACAAAAAAUAGCUUAGUGGAUUACAGUGAUUGUAGAACAUGCAGUCCAGAUGCAGAUGAUCAUUGUCAUAUUCCCUUUGUGGGGUUUAUAGCAAGGACAUCCUACAUUUUGAGUCAGUUUUUGGAUAAAAUCAAUGGAAGUCAUUUGCUUUUGUUUCCCAAAUUUCCAAAUAGGAAGGAGUGUAUUUCUAACUUCAUUAAAGACGAAAAAAUGGUGAAUGAGCACUCAGAUAAGGUCAUCUAUCGUGUAUAUUAUGGACCAAAUUUGUGUUUCGUAAGAGUAUUGCUGCAUGCCUACAGCAAAGGCCUUUUUGAAGGAGGAGCAGUGGUUUGUGCACCUCAUGUUGAUGAUAUAUUGUUGUGGACACAGAGAUUCGAAAAUCCUGACAGAGAACUUCAAAUAACUGAAUCUUUGGUGAGAUCAUACUUUGUGCAGCAAGAUGGAAAAUGGGAAUGUCAACUCCCUAUUGACCCUUCAUCCAGAGACUCUUAUAGGCUGCCAAUUGGUUUUGUUACAACAGGAUUUGUACAAGGAAGCAAAAAAGGUGUUGCAGUGGCGCUUUGUGAGGCAAUCAAUCUCGCUUGUCUAAGAGAGGAUCAAUGGAGGGCUCCAUCCAUUAAGCGGAGUAAGGAAAUCUAUGUGCUUGUUAGGAAUUUGAGGUCCAGUGCUUAUAGACUUGCCAUGGCUAAUAUAAUCUUGGAACAAAGAGAAGAAGAUAUUGAGUACAUGUAAUAGUG